UGCUACUGUCACUACAGGUACACAUACAGUGCUACUGUAGUACUACAGGUACACAUACAGUGCUACUGUAGUCCUCCAGGUACACAUACAGUGCUACUGUUACUACAGGUACACAUACAGUACUACUGUUACUACAGGUACACAUACAGUACUACUGCAGUACUAACAGUACUUUUUCUGUCUCUCUGUCUCAGUGAGUCAGCAGGCGGAGUCUUCAGCCUCCCCUCCCCCCUCCUACCCCUCCCCUUCUCCCUCUCAGACACCUGUCAUCUCAACCACGCCCACACCGGUACAGACCACACCCCCCGUCUCUGCCCCGCAACCCCCGGCAACCAUGAUGCCGUCUGCACAGCCUGUUGUAAAGAAGAAAGGUGUGAAAAGGAAAGCCGACACCACCACUCCCACCACGUCGGCCAUCUCUGCUGGUCGCGCCGACUCUCCGUCCGCCCAGGACACCAAACCGGCCAAACUUGGCUCGUCCCGCCGUGAGGCUGCUGCCCGGCCCGCCAAGACCCGAAGGGAGACAGUUGAGGAGGUGGCGGGGGGUGAGGUGGGAGGCGGCGGAGGGGGAGCUGGGAGGAGUAAGGGCGGUAAGCUCGGUGAGCAGAUGAAACACUGCGACGCCAUCCUGAAGGAGAUGCUCUCUAAAAAACAUGCCGCUUACGCCUGGCCCUUCUACAAACCAGUGGACGCAGAGGCACUGGAGCUGCACGACUACCACGACAUCAUCAAACACCCCAUGGACCUCAGCACUGUCCGGAAAAAGAUGGAUAAAGGAGAGUACAGCGAUCCUCAAAGUUUCGCCACUGACGUCAGGUUAAUGUUCUCCAACUGUUACAAGUACAACCCUCCAGACCACGAGGUGGUGGCCAUGGCCCGCAAGCUGCAGGACGUGUUCGAGAUGCGUUUCGCUAAGAUCCCAGACGAGGGCCUGGAGCCGUCAGUCCCAUCUACAACACCAGUGGUCAGUAAAAGCACCGCCUCCUCUGACAGCAGCAACAACUCCUCCUCCGACGAAUCGUCUGACUCAGAGGAGGAGCGAGCCACGCGGUUGGCUGAGCUACAGGAGCAGGUUGGUGCUGCCGACCAAUCACAGUUGAAGGCGGUGCACGAGCAGCUGGCGGUCCUGUCCCAGGCUCCUGUCAGCAAGCCAAAGAAAAAGAAAGAGAAGAAAGACAAGGAGAAGAAGAAAGAGAAGGAGAAAGACAAAGGGAACAAGGGCAAGAUGGAGGAAGAGAAGAAGCCCAAGGCUGCUGCUCAGCAGCCCAAACCAGCCAAUCAGAAGAAAGCGCCGGCCAGGAAAGCCAACAGCACGGUGACCGCCACGAGGCAACCUAAGAAAGGCAGUAAGGCGUCGGGCGGUGGCUCAGCCAACGGAGACGAUGGCGAGGAGUCAUCACUGCCAAUGUCGUAUGAUGAGAAACGCCAGCUGAGUCUGGAUAUAAACCGGCUGCCGGGGGAGAAGUUGGGCCGCGUCGUUCACAUCAUCCAGUCCAGAGAGCCAUCGCUGAGGGACUCCAACCCUGACGAGAUCGAGAUCGACUUUGAAACCCUCAAACCCUCCACACUUCGAGAGCUGGAGCGCUACGUCAAAUCCUGCCUUCAGAAGAAGCAGAGGAAGCUACUGCAAAAGGCAGCUGGAGGCGGGGCCUCAGGAGGCGGAGCUAGUCGUUUGAGUGGCAGCUCUUCUUCCUCCUCUGAUGACAGCUCCUCAACAGGAACCUCCUCCUCCUCUGACACAGACUGAACACACACACACACACACACACACACGUUACUGAAUUCACACACUGAUUACACACACAGAGGUUUAUCCACGCCACACACACACACACACACACACAACUCAAUCUAUACAGUUAACACACACAGAUACACACUUACACCCACACAUCCAUGUAAACUUCCAUCCUGAACAAACUCACACACAAAGACAGAGAUACACACUCUGAACUUCUUACAACACACACACAUACACACACACACAUAUAAACCACACACACACACGCCCAGACGUGGAGACUGUAUGUAAAUAGGCUGACCUGUUUUUUAGCUCCUAGUGUUUUUUUUUUUUGUUUUGUUUUGUUUUGUUUUUUUCCCCCUGGAGGAAUGCCGACAGAUGGAUGAGGAGGAGAGGAAGACAGUGACAACUUCCAGUCAGAGAAGAAGGAGGAGGAGGAGGAGAGACAGACAGCCCGUCUGUCUGUCUGUCUUCCUGUCUGUCCGUCUGCCUGUCUGCCUGUCUGUCUGGGAGUCGUGUUGAUCUUCUCUGAACACUCGAGCAUCGUUGCCAUGGAGGCUUUCUUCUUCUUCCUCUUCUGGGACGGCCGGCUGCGACCCCUGACCUCUGAAAACAUUCCAGAAGCAUCUGUAGAGAAUCAUGGGAGGAGGAGGAGGAGGCGAUCUCAGUGGGUUUUACUCUGAUCAGGGUUUCAGAUAGUGAUUGAUUGAUUGAUUGAUUGGAAGCAGAGCGCCUGCAAAGAGUUUCCUCAGAUUUUUGUCUACAGGGUGGAAACGCCUGCGAAUGGAAAUGUGUUGAUGCCACACAAGUAAAAAAAAAACACAGCUGAUCAGUAUCAGGUGAUAAAAUUUUACAAAAAAAAUUUCCCAUUACAAGAAUUUUUUUUCAUAAAAAAUGAUGCUUUUCUUGUUGUAACAAGUUUAACAUGAAAACCCUUUGUGAAAACGUGAAACAAAUGUUAUAACAGGAAACUUUUCGUGUCAUCACCUGAUACUGAUUAGUUUUGGGUUUUGUGAGACAAAGUUCAGAGCAUCGUGGGAGCCAAUCACGUUGUAAACCACCAAUCAGCUGUCAGAGGCUUGAAACUUGGUGCUGAGGAACGAUCUGUGGUGUCGUAGUGACGUCAUCAUGUAGUGGUGCGUUUGAGUGUUUGUAAAGAUCCGGUCACAGUUUAUCACUUAUCUUUAUGUGAACAAACUGAAGGUGCGUUCAGGUCCUCGUUCUGGUGUCGGUCUGCAGUGUUCUGCAGCUUUUUGUCUUGACUGGAAAAUCCAGUCGUUAUUGUACAGACGACAAAAUGUCUUAAAGCAUCAUAUUUCCUGUAGUGAUCUGGUCUGAUCUGGUUCCUCUGGUGGUCAGCAGAGUUCGAGUUAACUACUCCGAACAGCUGCUGUUGUAAACGUGACUGUCGUGUGGAGGUGUGGUGUGAGAAGAUGGAGGUUGUUACGUUGCAGUGACACAAGAAUGUGGUUCAAACUGCCGAUUGGUUCACUGUGGAGGCAUUGAACGCAUCAUCGUUAGAGUUGGGUCGAUUUCUGGUGUCCGAGCUUAAACUGGUUAGAUUUGAUACAGACCAGCUAACUGACGUUUGUCAUUAUGGCAAAUGAAAAAGUCGCCUACAUCAUCGGCCUGUGCCGACAGUGUCACGGCGCGAAAUCCAACAUGUACUGUGUUAAUAAUAUUAUGUUUAUAAAUGGAGCCACCAGUGUCUGAGCGGCUGUGAGCCGAGGCCGCUGUCUGCAGCAGGAAGGAGAUUAUAUUUCAGGAGAUGGGAGGGGCAGAGCGGCGUGUGUUUUGGGGUGGUGAGAGGAGAUGUAGCAAGAAAACUAAAACUGCACCAAUAUGACAACAUUUUGGAUUUGAAUCCAACGGAAGAGGCGUCCUGAAUAACCACGAGUGACGCAGCGCUCUUUGUGAGCUGAACUUUCAGAUGGCGUGUUUCUAUUUAUAUCUUUCGCUUACAGUGGACGAGGAACUGCUGGUUGAUGAAGUUAGGAUUAAUUAUCGAUGUGAUGUCGUCUUAUUUUAGUAAGAAUAUCUGAUGAAGGUGUGAGCUGACCGGAGGCAGAUCAACAGGGAGCUGAACGUUUCUGCCAAAUGACCCUCGCUAACAUUUCCUGCUGGUGAUUUUGUCAUUUCCAUCAAAAAUCCCAUUAUAAAUGUGUUUUUAAUAAGUAGCCUUACAGAGUAGAAAGGUCGUCAGUAGGCUACUUACCCAUCGUUGAAGUGGUUACGUCUCUGAUCUGAUCUGAAUCAAACAGCUGAUGUUUACGUGUUGUGUUUACGUGAAGUAACAGAAGUGGCUAUUCGAUGGACUCAGUGUGGACGGGGAGCUCUGUGAGGUGAUGUGAUGCGAUCGGACGCUCGUUUAUAGUUUUGAUGUGGUUUCAUUAAGUUCCGCUCGGCGGCAGCUGCCGAGUGCGACACCUGGUCGCAUCGAGUCAAUCUUAACUGUGAUGUCACUCCAGUUUAAAGUGGUGCUGCGAUCGGUGACAGUUUCUCGAAUGUGACGCAGGUUUAUUUAAAUGAUCUCAACACAUCGUCAUCACUUUAGAUUCUCUCUGCUACAAGUUUCAGGUCUCUGCAGGAGUUUUUUUUUAUUAAAACUAGAAUCACAGAAGUUUUUAUUUUUUAAUCUUGAAGUUAUCAGUUAAUCUGUCAGAUCAUUUACAAUCGAUCAGCUGAUUUAUGCUCUAAGGUAAAUCAUGAAGAACUGAAAACCCUCUGAGACCAAACCGUCCUCUGCUGGUCCUGAACGCCACACCCACACCUACUGUCUAUCCCCGGGGUCAAUGGGGGGGUGGGGUCACCAGGCUCAGACCCAGGCACCCCCCACCAACCAGCGCCGGCUCUGUCAGCGCAGAGCGAGACAAACUUCUGUUGUUUUUUUUGUUUGUUUGUUUUUUUAACACUACAUUUCCUUUAUUUUUCAGUUUUAAUUUUUCAGGUUGUGUGCUGAACUUGUUUGUGUCUUAUAAGGUUCUCUAUAUAAAAAUGUCUUUGUACCGCUGUCCUGUUCAACCCCCCCACUGCCGCCACCACCACCCCGCCACCGCCAAAACAAAACCACUCAUACUGUAACCCCCCACCACCACCACCACACCAUGGAUACUUCCUGUCAGAGUUCAGACUGAACCAAAUAUGAGGAGGAGGUUAAAAACGUCUCCGUUCUUUUAAACUUUAUAAUUUUAUCCGAUUUUCAAACUUUGACCAAAAAAACCCCAAAACAAUCUGCUGGGAAAGAAAGUUCCAAAAAAAGAAACUGCGAGUGUAAAAAAAAACAAACAACUUCAAUGAACCGUGAGAGAAAAACAGCUGUUUAUUUUUUCAUCAAUUAUUUUUAGGAUCAAUUAUUGUCUUUUUAAAAUGUCCAAAAUAAAGAUGAACUCACACGAGGACGCAGACGUCAAAUUAUUUUCUUUCUGCUCAGAUCAUAAAAAGUUUUUGUGAAUGUGAAGAAAAAUCAACAGUUUGAAUCAGCGAGAUGAACUUCCUGUUUAACUUCCUGUUUAAUUUUAGAGUUUUAAGUAAAGUUUGAUGUGAUUGGCUGCGGCGGCCUCGUCAGCUCAAACCUUUUAAACACAGCAGCAGAUUUUUAUUUCGAUGUCGUGUUCAUGGUGAUAUCACAGCCUCAUGGUCACCUGACUGAGCUGCAGUGAAGUGUCCUUAUGUUUGGGAUGCAGCUGACGUCUCGUGGUGAUGUCAGACCCCUGAUGUCAUAGUGUUUCCUGUCACCUGAGAACGUCGUACUGUAAAACGUCGGCGCUCUGUGAGAACGGCGUGUGACUGGAGCCCAAAGUGACAUCAUCAAAUGUCUUGUUUUGUUCCACCAACAUGAGAUCUGUCCAGUGUAGGAGCGAGGACAGCAGCAGCUCCUGGAGACGGCUCAUUUUGUUUGAACACAUACAAAUUAUAAAAACAGUCGCUAAUUAAUUUCUAUAAAUCAAAGAAGUGAUUAUUGGACGAAUCAUCGCAGCUCCACACACAAACAUUAACUCAUCACGCUCUGCUCUGAUUGGUCGGUUAAAGGCUGUGAUGCUGGACGCUCAUCACAGAAAAGUCUUCUCUAACAGAAAGAUAGAAUUUCCAAUUUUCCAUCAUGUUCUGAACGCAGCACGGUGAGACAGCAGGCGGGGGAGGGGCACCACUUCCUUUUUCUCUUCUGACCUCGUCGUGUUUCUGCUGAUCGGAUCGAUCAGGACGAACCAAUCAGAUUGAAUCAUGUGACUCUCACACCCACAGCUCACCUGUCGAUCUGUCUGUCUGUCUGUCUGUCUGUUUGACCUUUGACCCCUGUUUCGACGACGCUGGACCAGCGUUGUGCUGACUUGUCGUCAUGGAUACAGACACAGCCGGUGGUUUUUGGGUCGUCACCUGUCAGUUCUGCCUCCUCCUCUGUGAUUGGUCGAAACCCCACCUGUCUGUGAACUCAGAGCCUCUGAGUGGUUGAAGAUAUUGAUUAUUGAUCAAUGGUUUAAUUUCAGUUCAGCAGCUUCACAGCCACACAGACGAACUUUUAACUGAUGAUGAAAAAAUAUUAAUUGAUUUUUAAUCCGAUAAUUCUGAUGAUUCAUUUCUGUUUUUACACUUUUCAAAGAUCGUUCUGAUUUUGUGUUUCGUCUCAUUUCAAACCGAAUCUGAUGUUUUUCACGGCCUGCAUCAGUGGGCGGAGUGUAUUGGUUGUCAUGGAGAUGUUCAGUUAUGGUGGGAAUUCGUUUGUGCUUUCUGUUGUCGGGCUGACGAAUCUUGUCGAGACUUAAACAGGCUUUAUUUUGGACAUUUUACAGAUGGAUCAAUAACUGAUAGAUAAGUGACCACACACACACACACACACACACACAGACUUCCUCCCAACGUGACGGACAGACAGAUGGACAGCAAGACAGCCGGUUGCCACAGUAACCCUCCUCUGUUUGUUUUUAGUUGAUGGUCGAGCUUUGAUGCUGAUAGUUAAUUUUUGUAUUUUAAUAAGAAAAAGGAAAAAAGUGAUUUUAUGUAUUUGCAUGCACUCCGGCCGUACGUUCUUUCUUCCGUAUGUUUGAGCACUGUAUAGUAGCUGUAUAGUAGCUGUCUGAGGUUUAGAUCCAACUCCGCUCGAUAGAGUAGAGACUCACGGAGAGACAGAGACACGCAGAGACGCAGAGAGGACGAACCGACGAAAAACCAACAAGUGAAUUAUUUGAUGUAAUUACUGAUAUGGGAUCCUUAUUUUCUGAGUUCCUUUGUUUUCAUAAAUAAACACGUAAACUGAA